AUGUCGUCUAUUUCCAUGUUUGUUGGGGUGCUGGCUUACCAGGUGUUAACUGAAAAUCAUGGAAGAAAGAGGUUAACAUGGGGAAGAUUUGAGGUGCUUUACAUUCUACUUCUGUUAUUUUUUCCGUAUUCAAUAAGAAGAUCCCAUUUAACUUCUCAUGGCCUCGAGGGUCGGAGACAAAGCAGUAGCGCCAUCGACGGCGUCAGUGACAGGUUUACAACAAACAUCAAUGUCCCCCCUGGUGAUUCAGGCCCAUGCGAGAUUACAUUUUCAACAGAUGACAAACAAAAGCUUCGAAGUCAGGUUGAGAAAGCGCACAAUGCUGAUCUUCACUGUGUUGAUUGGAAUCCGAGCGAUGAAAAUCUUCUACUAACAUGGUCUGUUGAUAACACUCUUCACAUGUUUGAUCGUCGCAAUCUCACUGCAAAUGGGAUUGGAUCACCCAUCCACAUAUUUGAGAAUCACAAGGCCGCUGUUCUUUGUGUACAUUGGUCUCCAGACAAAUCAUCCGUCUUUGGCAGUUCGGCAGAAGAUGGAGUCUUGAACAUAUGGGAUCAUAAUAAGAUUGGGGAACUUUCUGGUCCGUCCACAAAACCAGGUUGUGAAUUCGGGUAA